AUGGCAGGAGGCAAGACGCGUCGGUCUUACUCUGUCUGCUCAUGCGGGGCAUGGAUCUGGACAGACAGAAUAGGGGCCCAGCGUCCUUGCUGUCAGCAGUGUGGAAAGGCUUGGCCCAAGAGCCUCUGGACCAAGCCUGCCAGAAAGGCUCCGGAGGAGGACACAGAAGUGCAGCGUACGUGGCGCCCUGGAGGGUUGGCAACGCGCCAGAAGCAGAAGGGCCAGAGGGGCAUCAAUCAGGACGGUACUGUGCACCGUGCACUGCAGUCAUUGUGGGAGAAGCUUGCUCCCGAUGUGCAGAAGGAACUGGCAAGCGCAGGGGUUAAACCCCCGGAACCUCCCAAAGAAGAUGACCUGCUCGCCUUGCUGCGCUCUCACGAGGCUGCCCUCCCACAGGAGGUUAAGGACAAAUUGCAUGAAGCUAGGGAGUAUAAGACGAGCACGCUGCGGUUGCGUGAUCUGGGGCAUAAGAAAGUUCAGCUUCAGUCUUGCAUUGAUGACACGAAGAUGAAGCUACGCAAGCAAUUGGAAUCCAUGAAAGAGUUGCUUUCCCAGAUUUCUGAAGCCCAGGCUGAAGUUGCCAAGGUCUCGGAACAGUUUAAGCAGGCUGUUUUGACGGAUCCAUCUGAGGAAGCAUCCGCUGAGGAUACCACGCUGUUGCAGCUGAUUGCUGAUGCUGGCAUCACUUUGACCCAAGAGCAGAUUGAUAAGCUGAAGUCUGUUGAGGAAGGUCAUGCCAUCAAGAAGCGCAAGCACGAUGCAAAGAGUCCUGAAGGGAUCACGUCAGCUCCGCCCGGCUUGGGGCAGCGCCAGUGCAGAGUGAGUCGCCUUUUGCAAGCAGUUUUCACUCGGAUGAGAGUUCUAGUGCAGUGUGCCACUUUUGCCGCCAGGGAGCCUACCUUCGAGGCAAGUUUCGUGGCUGGGCUGCGUCAGCGCGAAGCUGUGGCGGUCCGAGCUCGAGCCAUUUUGCUGGAUGUGGAUGUGCUGUCAGGUGUCAACUGGCACACCGCUGCACACCCUCCCAGGACCUUUGAGAAUCUCAUAAACAGCAUCGGUGAGCUCGAUCAGGCUGGUGACCAAAGGCAUGCGAUGUCCCAUCCAGUCGUUGCUGUGCGCCCUGCAGGCUGCACUCAGGCUGACCAGGUGCUUGUGCAUUCAACUUGGUUGGGCAGUGCUCUCGCUCAGUCUGGUGAUCCAGGGGUUUCGGCCCUUUGGGCCAGCUUGCUGCAAGGGUUGGAGCAUAUGUGUCAUGUGCAAGUGCUUCAAGCUGUGGAGGCCCUAGAGGCGGGCCAAUAUAUUCUUGAAGAUACCUUUCCCUGGUUUGCUGCUGAGCUUGCUGUUGAAGCCGGUGAUGAUGUUCCUUGGCACGUUGCAGCCUCGGCUAUCAGGGAUGUCAUCGCAAAUCUUAACUCCAAUGCCGAAGGAAAGAAAUUGCUGUUAGUCAGCUCCAAUGUCACCACGUGGCGCAAGUCCUUAGCAACCUUUCUUGCGGGGAUCAGUCCAGACCUCUGGCUGGUGCAGGAAACACACAUUAAGGAGGAGCAAGGGGAUUUGCUGGCCACUCAUGUUGGGGCCUUUGGCUAUCAGGCCUUCAGCUUGCCAGGUGUUGGUUUUCAGUCUGUGGUUCUGCACAUCCGGGGUGUUGAUAUCUUCCUCGUCAAUGUGUCGCUGCAAGGUGAAUUCCUUGUUGCAGGCGACUUCAAUGAAGACAUCAGUGUUCUGGUGACCACCAGUUUGGCGCAGGUUGCUCUGGCCCUCCGCCUGAUCUGGAGUCUGCCUGUAUCGGAGCAACAAUUUCGUCACCAUUCCAAAUUGUGGAUGCAGAAGCAGAGCGCAAGCUACGGUAAGUGGCUAAAGCAGGCUUCUUGUAAAGGCUUGCGUGGCCUUUUUACCAGUGUUAAAGCGGAGGAAGCUGUCCAGCUGCGCCCUUUCUUGCACCAGCCUGUGCAGGAUCGCAUCUACCUUAGGUGGAGGCAGUGGUUUGAGCUUUGGUCCGCGCCGGGUGGGGUCGAACCGGCGCUCCUCAGUGAUCUCAGGCAACGUGCCCGAAUGCAGGCCAAGGAGCUUGGGCCAAUUCCCCUAGAUCAGGCGGUUGCGGCGUUCAAGCGAGUGCCCAGCAAAGCACCAGGUAUAGACGGGUGGACUUUUGAGGUGUUAAAAAAUUUGCAGCGACCGGCUGUUGCAUCCAUCAUUUCAUUUCUUCACCACUGUGAAACUGAGGCCACUUGGCCUGCCCAGAUGCUGUUUGCACUUAUUGCCCUCCUCCCAAAAAGCGAGAAGCGGGAGAGACCAAUUGCUCUAUUGCACGUGCUUUACCGCACUUGGGUGCGCAUGAGGUGGAAAUUGGUCUCCGAUUGGCAAUUCCAGUACUGUAAAGCCGCGGUCUGGGAUAAGGCAAUGCCUGGAAGUCAAGUGCUGGACGUCGCUUUGGGACGCUUACUUAGAGGCGAGGCUGCUAGACAGUCCGGUCAGCACUUAGUUACAAUUUUCAUUGACAUGGCCCUUCUUACGUACAUGGGCCCGCGUUUUCUUCAAUCUGAAGGGUCUUUGUGCCCGGCCAUUAUUCCCACGAAGGGGGUCCUGGCUGGGUGCCCGGCCGCCCCUUCUAUCAGCAAACUUGUUGUGCACCCCAUUGCAGUUGCGGCCACUUCCAAGCGUGCGACAUCCAAUUUGGACGUAUGGAUAGAUGAUCUGUCCCUUGACUGUGUCGGUGCCUCGGCCAAACAGAUUGCCUCAGACGCUGUGCUGCUGUUUCGAAGCCUGCGUACCAGCAUCGAGGCAAAUG